CGGAUGGAGGCAGAGGACACGCCGGCGAUCUGGGGCUGGUUAGCUCUGACAAGAGCGCGGUUUCUAGUGACGAUUAAUGAGGGCGAUCCAAUCUGAGGCCUGCACCGCGAGCUCAUCGCCGACGAUGGACCGGUGCGCGCAGGGGCUGGUCGCGCGCGUCUCUGUCGCGGUGGCCGCCCUCGCCACGCUCUCGCUCCUGUACCUCUUGCGCCACGAAUCCGCCUCCUGCUUCCCCGCGCCGCGCUCCCUCGCGCUGACCCUCUCGCUCGCCCCAUUUCCCCGCAAUUCCUGCGAUGCAGCCUCCCGCCGCGUGGUCCCGUCCGACCGCCGCCUCGCUAAACUGCGCCUCUCGCCGCGCUGGCGCCGCCGCACCGCUGCCCUGGCAGCGUCCGCCUUCCCCCCGCUCCGCGGCCUCGGCUUCCUCGCCGCCCCCUCCCGCGUUCUCUGCCUCGCCGCGGGCGCCGGCCACGCGGUCGACGCGCUCCGCGCCGCGGGGGUGGCGGACGUGACCGGGAUCGACCUCGUCGACUUCCCGCCGCUCGUCCGCCGCGCGGACCCCCACCGCCUCCCGUUCUCCGGUGGCGCCUUCGACCUCGUCUUCUCGGAUGACCCCUCGGCGAUCUCCGGCGCGCUCUUCCCGUCCCGUCUCGCCGCCGAAGCUGAGCGCGCCGUCCGCGGCGGGGGCGGCAUCGCGCUCGCGGUGGACCGGCAGAUCGAGACCGCCGCCGUCGCCGCACUGUUCAAACAAUCGCGCAUCGUGGAUGUGAAGGUUGUCACCUUGGAUGGCUCCCAGGUUCGGCUGCUCAUCUUGCAGAGCAAUGGCACCACUUCAAUCCCACACUGACUCGUGUAUCAUUCACUUCAGUUAUAGUAAGUUUUCAAAAAAAAAAUCACUUCAGUUAUAGUCAUUUACUAGUGAUGAUCGUCGGCUCAUUCUCUGGAACCAGAUGCAUUUUAGGGAGCUAAAUUAGUGGGGAAAAUCAGUCUUUUGCAUUUGGUGAAAUUGUGGGGGAAAAGUAAAGUAAAACUAAGGGAAAAUGAGGACCGGUGCUAUUUCAUGAAGAGCAUGGAUACUUACAGUGCGGUUUUACGGAUACCUAGAUUAGAGGUGCUGUUUUAUGAACACCACUUGAAACAAGUGCUAUUUCAUUGGUUCUCCCCCCGAAGUAUGAUUCAUCAUGGUCAGAAAAAAAAGAUGAAAUUGUUCAUUAUCUGCAAGUCAGUUGCAUUGCAUGGGAUGCUUUGCCCAAA